GCAAUAACAACAGAAUUAUUCCCUAAGCUCUCUCUCUCUCUAUCACAGCCGAACCCCCUCUUCCCCUCUCCAGCUCGUCGGCCACCAUCCCGGUGCCCGGAAAUCCUCUUUCUCAACCCUAAUUCCCAAAUUCUACCUCAUCCCAAAUCCCUAAUUCUCAUACCAAUCACGAUUACCAAUCGCACACCUAGAUCCGUGCUCUUUCAGUGGUAUCAGAGCCUGGCUGGUGUGCCGAUUCUCUGAAGAAAUACUGCAGUCUGAAGAUGUCGAACCCGGUGGACAAGCAACAACCGCAGCGCCAGCUUAAGGAGGUGGUAACAGUCAAGGAUGUGACGACGAAAAAGUAUGAUGCGCUGGCCGCAUCGUUGGAGAGCUUGACAGAGGUGACUGUGAGGGCAGUUGAGGCCUCUAAGGGUUCGAUCGGAGCAAUCGAAGCCAUGGGCGACCAGAUCAAGGCUUCUAUUGAAGAGAUGGGCAAGAGUGUGGCUGAAAACAUCUGCGGAGCCUUGGCGGCGACAACGCAGGAGGUGCUAACCCAAGUUCUGAAGAACCGGGAGCCGCCGGCGGCUCCGGCUAUAGGGGCAGCGCAGGCAGCAGCAGCCGCGGCGGGAGGGAAGCCGACAGCGGCAACCGCAGCUGGCUCGGGGGCGCCGCGCGGCGACGAGGGCGUAGGGCAGACCGGGGCGCGCGCGCGCCGGGAGGAGAAGGAGGCGGAGGAGAAGCCGCCGGGCAGCGGGGCCGAGACCGGGACGACGCAGGUGCUGGCCGCGUCGGGUGGGGCGCCGGGAAACUCGGGCGCCAGGUUUGCAACCGCGCCUGCAUUCAGUGGGCCUGGCCUACUACCAACUCCGACGGACCUGGCCCAAGACAAGGCCCAGGGAAAGCAGAAGAUGGCCGGGUACGAAGGAGAGCCAUUGUCGUUUGGGCCUGACAGAGAAGAACCCUGGGUCGAGGAGGAGGAGUUGAGUUUUGGUGACCCGGAAGGCUGGAUGGGCCCGAGCCCAGAGGAGGCGAGAUGGGGCUGGGCCGCGGGCUCGAAACCGGGCUGGGUACAUGGUGGCCAGCCGGUCAGGCCGAAAUCGGUCAGACCGAACUCGGUUGGGACGAAACCGGUCGGACCGAACCGAACCGGCCCGGCUCAUCCGCAGACGGGCAGCAGCUGGUUUGGACCGAGCAGGGGUCUCGGCAAGGGCCCGGAGUACGGCUACCCACCGUGGAGUACCCCGUGGACAGGAGGAGGGCGCGGUCGAGGUUGGCAGGAUAUGGGGCACGGGUCGAGGACCCAGCCUGAGUACCAGGGGAACCAUCAGGAGGUGACGGGCGACUGGCCCUAUCCUCCCCAGCAGCGAGCCGCGGGCAACCACGACCGUCAAGGAGCGAGGAAUCCGCCACCCCCACCGAAUGCAGGCAGGUAUGAGUACCAUAACCCUCUGUAUGAGAAUGAAGAGGAAUCGGUAUUUAGAGCUAAACCGCCAGUGAUAGAGUUUCCCAAAUUCGACGGCUCGGGAGAUGUGGGUUUGUGGUUGUAUGCAGCUGAGAGGUGGUUCAGAAACCACCCAAUCCGAGAAGAGAGGAAGGCACACCUGGCAUCUUUCUAUCUCGAGGGGGAUGCGCUCCAGUGGUGGGAAUGGACCGAGCGGGCCUAUGCAGCAGCAGGUGAGUUCAUCUCGUGGCCCAGGUUCCAGGAUGAGCUACGCUACCAGUUUGGCAAGGCGGAGGGGUGGGCCCCGGAGCAGCUGGCCAAGCUCAGGCAGACAGGGUCGGUGGCAGAGUAUCGGGCAGAGUUCCUUAAACUGGGAAACCAGUGCAAGGAAAUGACGGAGGAGACCCUGGUGGGAUUGUGUAUGGCGGGACUCCGGCCAGAGCUGGCUACCGCCGUGAAGGUUUUCGAACCUGACUCUCUUCGAGUUGCUUUCAGGAUUGCAGGGCGCAAGGAAGAGGAGCUGGCUAGUUGGAGGACGUCGGCUGGGCGUAUCCAGAAGGCCAGUGGAGGAGUGGGAGCAGGAGCUGGUACCUCACCGCCGACGGGAAAUGCAAGCCCGGCGGCCACCGGCGCAACAGCAGCGAGCAGAUUCCAGUCGAGGCUGCCACCAAAGGGGUUUGUCCGGCUAACGCAGGCGGAAAUGGACCAGAAGCGCAGAGACGGACGUUGCUUCAACUGCGACGAAAGGUAUACAGUGGGGCAUCAAUGCGCCAAGGGUCAUCUCAUGCUGCUGGUGGGGAACUGGGAAGACGAAGGAGAGGAAAUGGAGGCGCGAGAAGCGGAAGAGAAGAAGGAAGAGAAGAAAGAAGGUCCACCUUGAGGGCAAGGUGGAUUCCAAGGGGGAUGGAAUGUCAGACAAUGAGUGUUUAGGGGUUUAUUUGUUAUUUGACGUUUUAUAUUAUGUCGGCUAUUUUGGGAACUAUUGGGGUUAAAUCGGUUAGGUUAAGUCUUUGGGUAGUUAUAGGGAAUUAGUCGGUUUAUAUAUAUUCUGUGUUAGGCAUAAGCUAGGGUUAAGCAAUAACAACAGAAUUAUUCCCUAAGCUCUCUCUCUCUCUCUCUAUCACAGCCGAACCCCCUCUUCCCCUCUCCAGCUCGUCGGCCACCAUCCCGGUGCCCGGAAAUCCUCUUUCUCAACCCUAAUUCCCAAAUUCUACCUCAUCCCAAAUCCCUAAUUCUUAUACCAAUCACGAUCACCAAUCGCACACCUAGAUCCGUGCUCUUUCAAGGUAAAUACAGAUACAUAUGCACAACAUUAAUCUUAGGAUCCAAAUAUUAGAAUUGAAUGAAGGUGUGGACAUGUA